AUGGCUGGGGCUGGGGCCUCCUGCUCCAGCCGGGACACGGAUGCAUUGGCACGGGAGCUGCUUCUGGUCGCACUAGAGGACUUGAGCCAGGAGCAGCUGAAGCGCUUUCGCCACAAGCUGCGGGAUGCGCCCCUGGAUGGCCGGAGCAUCCCAUGGGGGCGACUGGAGAACUCAGACCCCGUGGACCUCGUGGACAAGCUGACCCAGUUCUAUGGGUCAGAGCCAGCCGUGGAUGUGACCCGAAAGAUCCUGAAGAAGGCGGACGCUCGGGAUGUGGCGGUGCGGCUCAAGGCGCAGCAGCUGCAGCGGCUCGGCUCCAGCUCAGCAGUUGUCUCCUUGUCGGGUAAGUUCCUGGGCACACAAAGUACAAGAAGAGAUCACGCUAAGGUGAAGGAGAGGAACUCACGCUCGGUAAAGAUCAACAAGCGCUUCACCAAGCUGCUCAUCGCACCUGGGAGCGGCGCGGUGGAGGAUGAACUGCUGGGGCCGUCGGAGGAGCCGCAGCCUGAGCGCGCCAGGCGCUCAGACACGCACACCUUUAAUAAGCUCUUCCGGGGAGAUGAUGAGGGCCCGCGGCUGACCGUGGUGCUGCAGGGCCCAGCGGGCAUUGGCAAGACCAUGGCCGCCAAGAAAAUCCUCUACGACUGGGCAGCAGGCAAGCUAUACCACGGUCAGGUGGACUUCGCCUUCUUCAUGCCGUGCGGCGAGCUGCUGGAGAGGCCGGGUACGCGCAGCCUGGCAGACCUGAUCCUGGACCAGUGUCCAGACCGCAAGGCGCCGGUGCGGCAGAUACUAGCUCAUCCCCAGCGCCUACUAUUUAUCCUGGACGGUGCAGACGAGCUGCCUGCCGCAGCAGCCCCGGAGGCAACGCCCUGCACAGACCCUUUCGAGGCUACCAGUGGCUUGAGAGUGCUGAGCGGACUGCUGAGCCAGGAGCUGCUGCCCUUGGCUCGCUUGCUGGUGACUACACGCAAUGCCGCUGCCGGGAGGCUGCAGGGCAGACUGUGCUCGCCACAGUGCGCAGAAGUGCGUGGCUUCUCGGACAAAGACAAGAAGAAAUAUUUCUUCAAGUUCUUCCGCGACGAGAGGAAGGCAGAGCGCGCUUACCGCUUUGUGAAAGAGAAUGAGACGCUGUUUGCACUGUGCUUUGUGCCCUUCGUGUGCUGGAUCGUGUGCACCGUGCUGCAACAGCAGCUGGAGCUGGGCCAGGAUCUGUCUCGCACCUCCAAGACCACCACAUCCGUGUACCUGCUCUUCAUCGCCAGCGUACUGAAGUCUGCAGGCACCAAUGGACCACGGGUGCAGGGAGAGCUGCGCACACUGUGCCGUCUGGCCCGCGAAGGCAUCCUGAAGCAUCAAGCACAGUUCUCAGAAAAUGACCUGGAGCAGUUGAAGCUUCAGGGCUCCCAAGUCCAGACACUGUUUCUCAGCAAGAAGGAACUGCCGGGCGUGCUAGAUAAGGAGGUCACCUACCAGUUUAUCGACCAGAGUUUCCAGGAGUUCUUGGCUGCAUUGUCAUACCUAUUGGAGGCUGAGGGGGCACCUGCAGGAGGUGUGCAGAUGCUCCUGAACUCUGACUCAGAGUUGCGUGGUUAUCUUGCACUCACCACUCGCUUCCUCUUUGGACUGCUGAGUGCAGAGAGGAUUCGUGACAUUGAACGUCAUUUUGGCUGUGUGGUGCCAGAGCGUUUGAAACAGGACACCCUGCGGUGGGUACAAGGACAGGGCCACCCCAAGGUGGCACCAGUAGAGGCAGAAAAGAAUGAUGAGCUGAAGGACACUAAGGAACCAGAAGAGGAGGAGGAGGAGGAGGAGGAGGAGGAGGAGGAGGAUCUCAACUUUGGACUGGAGCUGUUGUACUGCCUAUAUGAGACACAAGAGGAUGCUUUUGUUCGCCAGGCUCUCAGCAGCCUUCCAGAAAUGGUCCUGGAGCGAGUUCGGUUCACCCGAAUGGACCUUGGUGUCCUGAGCUACUGCGUGCAGUGCUGCCCGGCUGGUCAGUCUCUGAGACUGGUCAACUGUGGGCUGGUGGAGGCAAAGGAGAAGAAAAAGAAGAGUCUGGUGAAGCGGCUGAAGGGUUCUGGAAACACCACGAAACAACCCCCAGUCUCCCUGCUGCGUCCCCUCUGUGAGGCCAUGACUUCCCAACAAUGCGGUCUGCGUAUUCUAAUCUUGUCACGCUGUAAGCUGCCUGAUAGCGUUUGUCGAGACCUCUCUGAGGCCCUGAAGCUAGCUCCUGCCCUAAGGGAGCUGGGCCUCCUCCAGAGCCGGAUCACUGAGACAGGCCUUCGUUUACUGAGUGAAGGACUGGCUUGGCCCAAGUGCCGGGUGCAGACACUCAGGAUACAGCUGCCUAACCUCCAGGAAGCAAUCCAGUACCUGGUCAUCGUGCUCCAGCAGAGCCGGGUCCUGACCACCCUGGAUCUCAGUGGCUGUCAGCUGGUUACAUACAUGGUGGAAAACCUGUGUUCAGCCCUGAAGUACCCGAUGUGCUGCCUGAAGACACUCAGUCUGACCUCUGUGGAGCUGAGUGAAGUGUCACUGAGGGAGCUUCAAAUUGUGAAGGCAUCAAAGCCAGAUCUGACCAUCCUACAUUCAAAACCAGGCACACAUCCUCAGCCUCUCAAGUGA